GUGAGCAAAUAAUAUUCACUUGGAUACUUUGGUUGAUGUUUUUUUCCUCGUGGGGUCAUGAUUAGAACCGAAAGGAUCUAAUUAUUGACACUGAUAGGAUGGGAUCAUCUUAGGGGUCAAUCAUGUUUUAUGAAUGGGUGUGCUGUUUGCUCAGGUUUUUAACUGUGUGAGGUGGGGUGUUUGAAUGCUGUGCGUUAGCAUGAAACAAAACGAAAUUUAUACAUCAAGCUCUCUCUCUCUUCUUUUCUUUCUUUCUUUUUUUUUUUAAACCUAAAACUGGUCUGUAAAUAAAUCAUUAACCUCACUGAAAAUGAAAGUACUAUUGUAGCUAGCUUAAUGCCUGGGAAAAUAUUAUAUAUAGCUUGGUGGGGGUAAAACCUUUAUAUAAAACUCUUUUUUUGUUGUACUUAAGUUGUCUUUUUAAUAACACAUUUAUUUGGCGUGUUUUUACAGUCUUUGUUUACUUCAGUAUUUUAGCGCUAAAGCUCUAAACGUUAACUUCCGGUUACGGUCGCAUUUAUUUAGUCGUCACCAGUAGGCGCCAUAUCGCUUCCGCUGAAGCAUCAUUUUUUUUUAAAUUUGCUGUCAGGUUGUGAAGACAGACUCUCCAGAAAUGCUCGCUAAAUUAAUAGGACAGAAAUAUCUCUCCAUUGGAAAGGCGUGGGUUCCCACGCUGGCUGCAUGGGGAGGUGUUGGAGGCAUUGCAGUCAUCCACUUUACAGACUGGCGAUUGAUCCUGGACUAUGUGCCCUACAUCAAUGGCAAGUUCAAGACAGACUAGGGGUUUGUGAACUUUUGGGUUCAACGCUCUACUGCCGAGUGAAAGAUCGAGACAGACUUCCCAACCUGGAGAUAACUGAAGAUUCAUAGCCACAGCUCUGCUGCAUGUAAUGGGCUCAUCACCAUCUUUCUUCUGCUUAACAGUGCUAAUGGAUAUAUGAUUUACUUUUGAGACAGUCUGUUUCUUUUGUUGUUUCACAUUACUUUGGUUGUAAAUGUAAAAUUAUGCGAUUAUUAUUAUAAAAAUAAUAUGAAUUCUGACCUAACACAAAUUACAACCUCAAACAACUUACUACAUAAUGGAUUGUUUUUCUUCCUCCAGAGGUAUUUCCCUGAAUAAACAAUCUGUGUGAUUGAUUACAAUUAUGGAACAAA